UUCGUUCUACAACCGAUUUUCCAUUCGCUUUUCUCUCUUCCCAAACAGCUUUCUAAUAAGAGCGAGAGAGAGAGAGAGAGGCGGAGAGAGAGAGGCCUUAUCUGACUUUGAGGGUUAGCAGUUUGACUCAACGCCUGCCUAAUUCCAAAUAAUAAUCAUCUGCUCAGGUCUAAGCAUUCUGGUUGCAAGGCCCUCUUAGUCAAUAGCCAAGGUUCAUGUCUGAGCUCGACGUCCAAAUUCCUACUGCCUUUGAUCCGUUUGCUGAGGCAAAUGCUGAGGAUUCAGGUGCUGGAACAAAAGAGUAUGUGCACAUUCGGAUACAGCAACGAAAUGGUAGGAAAAGCCUGACAACCGUGCAGGGACUGAAAAAGGAAUUUAGCUACAACAAAAUACUCAAAGACCUUAAGAAGGAAUUUUGCUGCAAUGGUACAGUUGUCCAGGACCCAGAGCAAGGGCAGGUCAUUCAACUUCAAGGUGAUCAAAGAAAGAAUGUAUCUAGUUUCCUAGUCCAGGCUGGCAUUGUGAAGAAGGACAAUAUCAAAAUUCAUGGUUUCUGAGCUGCAGCAUUUAAAUCUCUGCACAAUACCGUCUACCGGUUGAGAUCUAGUUAUCUGAAUGUUAUAUCACCUAAGUUUGCUAUGUGCACUGUAUUUUAGGAGUGUUAUAAUUUUCAAGAAAUUGUGUGAUGUGUCGUCACUAUGGAAUGUUUGACAAAAUCUGUCUUUAAUUGUUCUUAUGUUGGUAUUGAAUUUGAAAAUAUAUUAAAGUUCGUUUCUCCAUUUGAUGACUUGAAUUCCA